AUGGAGUCAAGGGGCCGAGAAAUCGAGCCGGGCGAGGCGAUCGUUACUGAGGGCUACUGUUUGCCCGCAGAGCACGUCGUGCACACGGUUGGACCGCAACUGCAACGCGGCUCGAAGCCGACCGAGACGCAGACUGCGCAUCUCGCCCAAUGCUAUCGCUCCGUGCUCGACACCGUGGAAGCUUUGCCCGCGACGCCGGAUGGCAGAAAAAUCGUCGCCUUCUGCGGGAUCUCGACCGGGUUGUUCGCGUUCCCGGCGCGAGGUGCGGCAUCUGUCGCGGUGAGGACCGUUGCAGAUUGGCUCGAGCACCACGAGAGUACGUCCAUCACCGAUAUCAUCUUCAACACAUUCACGGAUGCAGAUCAUGCCAUAUACCAGGAGAUCCUGGCCUCGCCUCCCCCGCAGACACCAGGGAUCGGGAUGUCGCCAACCCCGCCAAGGGUGAAUCACCCGCACCGGCAGUCGCCGUUGAUCCAGUGCGACUCGCUGGACCGCGCCAGGCAGUGGUUAACGACGGUAGAUGCUGUCAUCGUGAGCGCUGGUGCCGGGUUAUCUGCUUCCGAUGGUUUGGAUUAUACUUCAACGGCGUUGUUUGCCAAGCACUUUCCCGGUUUCCUCAAGUACGGGCUGCGAACUCUGUACAGUGUCUUCGGCUUCACUGGCUGGCCGACCGAACAGGUACGAUGGGGCUACUAUUUCACGCAUCUUGGCAUGGUCAGCUCAUGGCCAAAAUCCCCGAUGUAUGGGACGCUGAUAUCCUGGCUGGACACGUUUGGGGAAAACGCGCAUGUCAGGACUUCGAACGCCGACGGUCUCUUCGUCGCAAAUGGUUUGUCGCCUGAAAAGCUGUCAACGCCGCAGGGCUCGUACUCCGUGUUCCAAUGCCUAGCGAAUUGCAGACCGGAGGCGACGGUGCUCUCUGGACCACUCGUCGCCGACGCGCAAUCGUCGCUGGAUCCGGUAUCUCAAAUCUUGACAGACCCGAGCAAGGUGCCCCUUUGCAAGUUCUGCGGCGGAAAGAUGAACAUCUGCGUGAGAGCCGGGCAUUGGUUCAACGAGAAGCCUUUCCAGGAGGGGGAGUCGAGAUGGAAGCAGUUUCGCAGGAACAUUGUGCAUCGUGAGGACAAGACGACAGUGAUCCUGGAGCUUGGCGUCGGGAUGUCGACGCCGGGCGUAUUGAGAUGGCCCAACGAGGAUCUGGUAAUGAGAUGCGGGGGGAAGGUGAAGCUGGUGAGGGUGGGCAUGGGACCUGAGACGGCUGUCCCGUGGGAUCUGGAAGAUGCCGGACUGGCGACGAGCAUCGAUGGCGACAUCACGACGGUGGUGAGCGAGCUGCUGAGUUCAGCGUAA